UGAUUAUUAACGUUUUUAUUAAAACAUGCUAUCGUCGAGUAGAACGCGCCGUGCGGCUUCGAUCGGUUGUGAGUUGUGUCGAACAAAAAUAUAAAAAAUUUACAAGAUGUCAAAUGAAGCAAUAGCUAAAGGCGAGGCGGUACUACUGAAGCAGGCGCGCGACAAGUUCGUCGCGACGUUUGGCCGGCAGCCGACCACGGCCGCGUGUGCUCCCGGCCGCGUCAACCUUAUUGGGGAACACAUAGACUAUUGUGAAGGAUUUGUACUGCCAGUAGCUUUGCCAUUCGUCACCCUUAUAGUGGGUGGUCUGAAUGGCACAGGAGACUGUCGGUUGGUGUCUGUUCUUGGAACUGGUGAGGAGGUGAGCACCAGCUUUCAAGCCCCAACUCCAUUAUCACCCUUGAAGCCAGGGCCACCAGCGUGGGCAAACUACGUGAAGGGGGUUGUGGCUAAUUUUCCAGGUGGAGUGGGAGGUUUCGAUGCAGUCAUAGUGUCUGAUGUACCUAUGGGUGCAGGGCUCUCCAGCAGCGCUGCUAUUGAAGUAGCCACCUUCACACUCCUAGAGGGACUCACUGGUAGAAGCGUUGGGUUGGUUGAGAAGGCGAAGUUGUGUCAGAAGGCAGAACACGAGUUCCCGGGGAUGCCGUGCGGGAUCAUGGACCAGUACAUUGUGACCAUGGGCAAGAAGGACCAUGCCUUACUCAUUGAUUGCAGGUCACUGGAAUCCCAACAAAUUCCAAUGCAACUGGAUGAUUUAGUGGUUCUGGUCACCAACUCGAACGUGAAACACCAGCUGACUGGCAGCGAGUACCCGACGAGGCGAGCACAGUGCCAGGAGGCAGCUGACAGACUGAAGCUGCCUUCACUUAGAGGAGCCAAGAUUGAGGAUAUUGAAAAACUGAAGCAGCAGAAAUGCGAUGAGGAGGUUCUGAAGAGGGCGAAGCACGUCAUAGAGGAGAUCAGCCGGACUGAAGAAGUAGCCAGGGUUAUGAAGAAUAAAGAUUUUAAAAGGGUUGGCGAACUAUUCUACCAGUCCCAUGAUUCCCUCAGUAAGCUAAUGGAAGUAUCCUGCCCAGAGUUAGACCAGAUCGUGGACAUUAUUAGAGGGGCUCCAGGAGUCUACGGAGCGAGGAUGACAGGAGGUGGUUUUGGGGGAUGUGUUGUUACCUUGGUUAAGAAGAGUGAAGUGGAGAAUUUAAAGAAGAAAAUCCUAUCAGAAUACAAAGGCACGCCCACUUUCUUUCUGAGUCAGCCAAGUGAUGGCGUCAGGUUGUUGAAAUUGUAAAUAAAUGUUAUUUUUGUUGUUGUUUUCGUUAAAACUUUGUUAUUACAUUACCCAUUAAAAGUCUCUCCCAUUAGAAAUGACGCCAUGAUAUGUUGCAACCAUGUUGACGUUUCAAACAAAAAUGUUUAGGACACUUCGUCCGAAAUGAAUCAAUUUAAUUUUAAAAUAAAUUCAAUUAAGUUUGGAACAACUUUAAGUAAUUAAAGCUAUAAAAUGUGCUUGAGAAUCUAAGCAUUACAUAUACUAUAUACAGUAACUUUGUAGACACAUAAAAUGCGAAAGUUUAUUUAAGCGAAAUAUUAUUUUACGUACAAUUCUUUCAUGGUGUCAGUAGCUUCCUGU